AUGACUGGCCUCAUACAGCCAUUUCGAAUUUCUGUGUGGUGCUUAAUGUUGUGUGCCAUCACAGAAUGGGUGAUGAUAUCCACUUCAGCAAUAGCGACUUCUCAUCGUCCCCAAACAGACAUAUCCGCGUGCAAACUAGCCGCGAAUAGCGAUGUCUAUCUCAGCGCCGGGUUUGGAUAUGAACUUAACUGUGCUCCCAGCACUGGGACGUUAAACGCUUUCAUGAUAUUUGUCGAUUUCGACGAUGAACAAGCCAUCGAGACCCCGCAGAGUCUGCACGACUUUUUCUUGCCAGCGGCGGCGGAAUGGUACGCUACGUCGUCAUACGGCGCGUUGACGCUGAACGUGACCGCAGACACGUCGCGCUUCUACCGCAUGCCGGCCACCGCGGCGUCAUACGGAUGGGCGCGCGGUCUGAGUUACGAAACCCACGAGAAGUAUAUCCAAGACGCGCUAGAUGCGUAUAACCAGACCAUCCCACCGACGGACGUGCUGUACGUCGUUCCAACUGCCAACGCUGCUGCCAUCUCAUUCUCGCCCACUUUCAUGGGAGAUGUGCAGACGCGCGCUGGAGUAUACGUCGCUAAGAAGUCGGUGACCUUCGGUUUAGACGCGUACAAGACCUGGAAAUAUCUCGUUUUAAACCACGAGACGGGCCAUACGAUGUGUUUGCCCGACUACUACCCCUUUAAUGGGAGCGCGACGGGCUUGUUCAUAGGCGGUUGGGACUUGAUGGGGCUUAUUAGUGGACCGAGCCCGGAUUACUUUGCGUGGGACAAGUGGCGAUUGGGGUGGCUGUCGGAUGAGCAGAUCGAUUGUAUCGCUGAGACGGGCUCAACUACUCAUAUGUUGACGCCGCUUGAGCAGACAGGAGGUUCAAAGGCCGUGGUUAUCAAGCACAAUAGCACAGAUGUGCUGGUGGCGGAGUUACGAUCAACGAACGGUCUUGAUUCAGCGUCAUGCUCGACAGGUGUGCUCCUUUACACUGUCUCGACGAUUACUGCGACGGGAGAUGGCCCCGUUCGCGUAUUAGACGCAACGCCUGGAUCGAACGGCUGCGCAGGAGACGAGUUAAACGAUGCUCCGCUGUCCCUAAAGGGCACGAACUCAUAUACCGUCUCAGAGUGGGGCAUCAAGGUUACAAUUGUGGAUGAAUCAAGCGAUGGGACUGAGAUCAGGGUUGACGUCUCAUAA